UAUGAUAAAACAGUUUAUUGAGACUGAUGAAUGAAAUGAAAGGGAGUUUAACGUCCUACUGUUCUGCUCCUAACUAGGCUAAUGAAGACGGGCAAACGCCAUACAGUGUGCUAUGAGAGAAAUUUUGCCUGGACAAGGAUCUAUUACGUGCAUGCCAAUGUGUACACGGGACCUCGGUUAGUUUGAUAAGACAGGUGUGGUCGCCACCGCCUGGACGAUCGAGUAAUAUAGAUAAGCGGAAGUUAUAUUCAUUUCCAGCGAAAAUGAAAGUGAAAGUAGACUAUUCUCUGUACCAGUAGAGAUUCUCGGUAACGUUCAUAGUAUUUAUAUUGAACAUUUAUACAAUUUAGUGUAAAAUAUUAUUCUGUGUCGGGAUGAUAUAGACUGAAAGUAGAGGAUAUAAACACCAUACAGCCAGCAGUGUGAGAACGAAAUGAAGUCAUGCUUUUUACAGCUAUCAACAAGGUGAUCAUUUAUGGGGAUAGACUGUCUGUAACAAAUGUUUGUAUGGAAAGAUAAGGGGCUGAAUAUUUGAUAUUGUCAGAACAUUUUACGGGAUAAUAACUUGAUAAAUAUUCUGUCUUAGCUUAUUUUAAUAAAACAUAAUGGCUGAACAGACAGAUCGUGAAGUAUGCAGUAUUUGUUUAAAUGACUUUCAUGAACCUAAAAUUAUCGACUGUCAACAUUCUUUCUGCUACAACUGUCUAGAAGAUUACGUUCACAGAACAUCAACUAAUGGCCAGUUUCUUUGUCCAGUUUGUCGGCAGAAUAUUAUUGUUCCUUUAGGUGGUGUGAAUGAAUUUUCAUCUAAGCAGCAAAUGGAGAAUGCCUCAACUCGACAGAUUCAACAAUGUGAUGUGUGUUUAAAUAUUCAAGCAACAUGUCGAUGUCGCGACUGUCAACAACAUUUAUGUGAGUCAUGUAAAUCAACGCAUGAUAAGUUGGCUGUUUGUAAAGGACACGUCGUUGUCAAGAUAGAUGGAAUUUCCGAACAAGGAUUAAAGGAAAUUACCACUGAGAAACCAGUUUCUGAUUUGAAAGAAGAUAUAUCUGAGAAUUCAAGAGGCGCACCCGUACACCCCGCCGAUUUCUGUCCAAAUCACCCGAAAAAGAAAACAAAAACCUACUGUAAAGAUUGUUUGGUGGCGGUCUGCUUUAAAUGCUUUCUCAAGGACCACAACGGACAUACAUAUCUGGAUCUACAAGAAGAUGAUGUGCGAGAACAAAUCAGAGACGAACUAAAAACAUUAAAAGUAGAAAUAGAAGAACAUAUCAACAAACUUCAAAAUCAUUCAACAUCUUUACAAAGUAAAUCAUCUGAAGUGGAAAAAGCGGCCAAAACAGCCCGUAGGAAUGUUGAUACGCAUGUCAGAAAAAUUUGUGCUAAAAUUCACGAAAUUGGAGAAAACAUAAAAGACGAAAUCCAAAAAACCUGCAACGAUGAAAAUGAAAAAUUCACAAAGCUGAUGACAGACAUUAAAGGUUUAACUGAAGAUUUGCAAUCUGGUGUCAAACUUUCCACCAGUAUUCUAGAAGAUACCUCAAUUGUUCAAGUUUUGGAGAGAUUGCCAAAUGUGCGCCAGGAAGCAGACGAAUGCCGUUCCAGAAAUUUUAAUAUCCCGGAUGUGAUGUAUCCAUCUUUUAAAGGAACGGAGAUAAAUGAGAGAGUUCUACGAGAACAACUCGGUGAAGUAGAUAUACACCAUGAAACAAGAUUUAUUAACACAUUUAAUAUAAAUCAGUUCAAAUCUGAUAAUGAUUUAUAUAGUUCUGUUACAACAUUUCACGGGUUACCGUGGUGUGUCUUGGCACAAAAAAAAGCGUCAGGCGAUCUAGGCUUUUUUCUAUCUUUGAACAAAACACUCCGACUUUCAGAUAUUUUAUCAUGUCAUGUUGAUAUCUCCCUGGAACUGAUCAACCAUAAAGAUGAAAACGGAUCGUUGACAACACACGGUACAGAUAGUUUAAAAGAGUUUCAAGAUAACCGAGGGUGGGGACGUCGCAAUUUUAUUACCUGGGACAUAUUAAUAAACCAAGAAAAUGGUUUUCUAGAUUCCAACAACAAUUUCAACAUACACGUUAUAUUGAAACUAAUGGAUAUUAAAAAGAGACAAACAUUGUUGAAAUAUAAAUAAUUAUAAAUCUACUGUUUAAUUAGCAGAAAUAUAAUACAUGUAUAUAUGUGUAUCAAUACUAACUAGAUUGUGUUGAUUUUAUUUUUUUAGACCAGGAACUUGACAUGUUUUGGAUAUGAGUUCUCCUGAAUUAAUAUAUUAUAGAUGAAUAUAGCCUAUAUUUGUUUAUGUAGAAAAACAAAAGUCAAGUAAAAUCUAAUCAAUAAAUCUAAAAUAAUUUGUUAUAAAAUACGAUAUUAUCAGUCUCCAUGUUUGGUUAGUGUUUAUCUAUAGUGUGGUCAGAUAAACUUUCAUCAUUUUCAAACUAAGGGUCCACUUGAUUUAGUUAUAGUUAUAAAAUGGCCAUUUCAAAUAUUAUAGACUACAAGUGGUAGACUAACGCCACCUGGCCUAUGUUACUCCCCGGUCCAAGUUACCCCUAUACCCGAAAUUUCAGACUCGGGGCUGAUGUAGUGUAGCCACCAAACCCGAACAGACUGUUAAACAGACAGACAGACAACCGACAGUCACAAAUAUUAGUAUAGAUUACCUAAAUAGCGCUUAUAGUUUUAAUCUGAUAUCUACAAUAAAACUGUUCAGUCCUUGUGAUAUCUCAAUUUUAAACAAACAUUAUACAAGAGCUAAAUCUGUCCAUUGCAGGUCUUUCUUUAGGCCUAAAUGUUAUCUAUAUUAUUAAUUAGACAUUAAUUAAUUUAUCCAGAACAUAAUCAACUCUUGAUGUCAUCCCUAGCCUGCGAUAUUUACUGGAUUAGUAUCCUAUUUGCUGCUCAACUGUCAUUCAUGAUUAAAUCAUGAAAUGGAUAAUCGAGACUAUGUUUUUUUUUUUUUUAUCAUACGGACUUCAGUAAUGAUGAUCGAGGCUAGGCCGAAAAUUUAAUCGCUAAAUUCUCGGUUCAGAGUGGAUCAAUUUUACUGAAAUUAUCAGCAAAUUGCCUUUACAGUAUCUAGUUUUUAACUAUUAUAGUGAGAACUACCAGCUCUUUAUCUAAUCUCCCAUAAUGUAUCUUUAAUAAGAAAAAUGCCGAUUGGUAUUUGGCUGUGUUGUCACUUUAACGUGAUGUAUUUAAAAUAAUAAUUAAUAUUUGUGUGUAUUUCUGAUAUCUGCCACUUGUUGAAAUUAUAACAGAUUAAGCUGAUUUCCUUUUCCUUGACAUAGACUGUUGAUUUUAAGGCUCUGUGAACUUUUUUUCACAAGUCGUGAACGCGAAUGUCUGAGAAUGGCUCGGUAAUUAAACCCAGUUGUUAUUGAUCGGAAUAAUGAUGAAUUCUAUUUAAUCAGCUAAACGUAGAAGCGUGAUAAUAAUAUUGCAAAUACGUAAAUGUUUAUUUAUUCAUAUUGGCUGGAAUAAUGGUGAAUUCCAUGGUAAUAAAUUGCAAAUAAAUGUUUAUUCUUGUCGAUUGUUAUGCUUAUAUUUGUCUAUGAAACAUGUAGGAGUAGGUUGGGUCACGAGCAAUUCUCAGCACUGGGGCAACUGUGAACCGCGGUUGCUCAGUUAAUGAGACUUGUUCACUAACCAGAGAGAGAAAUGGGGUUUAACGUCCACUCGACACAAACUAGGUCAUUUCGGGACUAACACAUGGUUCAAUUUUAUUUCAAUAAUUCGCCUGCGCGUAGGCUCUUUAGCUGUGGGAGGAAACCGGAGGACCUGGAGAAAACCCACGAAGUCGGACAUGCGACCCUACUCCUUGUCACGUACAACCGGGGAAUCGACACCCCGCCAUGGUUGACCCAAUGACAGACCGUAUGAUACAGUGCAGCACGCACAUGUUAACCAUUCGGCCAUCCAACCCCGCCUGUUCAGACUCGACUAAUGACGACAGACACACCAUUCGAGGGUGCUAAGGUGAAAAUUUUGCCCAGAAAGUCGCACUAUAUAAUGGCCUGCUCUUAUUUUAAAUUCCAACUUUCAUGGGUUCUUUCUUGUGUGCACCCCAACAACUUGACAGUGCCCUUUGCCAGGCCCGCCUGCCUGCACCACUGACAAGGGGGAGCCAUUCUAUAAAAAUAUCAUGAACUGUCUCGACCGACACCUGUGGGCUGGAACACAAGACUUUAUUUGAAUUUAAACAUUCAUUUGUCUAACUUGUGCAGGACUUUUAGAAAUGUUUGAUACCGGGCUUACUCUUUAAAAUUAGUUGUGGGAAUUUUCUAUAUUUAAAAUAAUCAUUGAUCGAUAAAAACCCAUUCAGUAAUUUAUUUUUAAUUUGGGGCUGGUGCAGAAAAAUAGGACAUUAAACCACAUUUUAUUUAAAUUUAAAUUCGAAGCUGAAAAAUAGGUUGUAAAACACAAUUAUAUUUAAAAAUAGAGAUUAGUGCAAAAUCAAAAAAGUAGGACAUUAAACUCCAUUCCAUUUAAAUUUGGGGCUAGUGCAAAAAAGUAGGAUGUUAAAAAACCGCAUUUAAUUAAAUUUGGGGCUAGUGCAAAAAACUAGGAUGUUAAAAAAACGCAUUUAAUUAAAUUUGGGGCUAGUGCAAAAAAGUAGGAUGUUAAAAAACCGCAUUUAAUUAAAUUUGGGGCUAGUGCAAAAAAGUAGGAUGUCGUAAAACCGCCUUUUAUUUAAAUUUGGGGCUAGUGCAGAAGAGUAGGAUGUUAAAGGCCAUUUUAUUUAAAAUGAAGUGAAUCAGUUGGUAAAGAAAGUAUUUAUAUGUUUAUCAUGUGAGAGUUAUUGUUAUAGAUUUAUUUAUAUCAUGACAGGAAAUAAAACAGGUUGUCUAGUAUUAUACUAAUACUAUAUAUACCAUACUUAUACUGACAUAUAUACAUAUUACAUACUCAUGUUGUCACAGGAUUCUAACCACAACUAUAUAUAGAGUCAGUCUGUCCAACUAUAAUAUGUGACAAGGAGUAGGGUCACCUGUCCAACCGCGUGGGAUUCCCUCACACUGCUAACAGAAUUAUUGAAAUAAAAUUAAACCAUAUGUUAGUCUGGAAAUAACCUAGUUUGUGUCAAGUGGACCUUAAACCCUCUCUCUCUCUCUCUCUCUCUCUCUCUCUCUGCAGGUCUAAGGAAAUUUAGUCUUCCAAAUUUUACCACUACAUAUAUUUUAUUAAUAAAAAAAACAUGACGGUGUAGAAUUUCAAUGACAAAUCUAAUAUAUUAUAUUCAAUAAUGUUUACAUUUUAGGAAAUCUUUCAAUUUUCAGUUUUUCUGUUUGUACAGUUUGUAAUUUGAAGCAAGAGAUUUGAAUUGAUUGUUUUAUUGUCUUUAUGUUAUUUUAGAAAAAAAAAAAUAUAAAAUUUUUAAAAUAUGUAAAUUAUAUGAAAUAAUAAAAAGUUUACAAUAUAUUUUAGAAAUAUUUAGAUAGUUUAGUAUAUUGAAUAUAAAACUUGUUUACCAAAAUACUCUAAAUGCCAUUUGGGGAAAAGGAACAGUCUAUAUUUAGUAACUAAGGAAUACCAAAAGGCUCAUAUAAAAGGGAAUUCCCCAUUGGUGUUUACCGUUUUUGGGAAACAAGUUCGUCACAAUUAGUAUGUAGUGAAUAUAGCCUAUAUUUUUUUAUGUAGAAAUAAGAAGUCAAAUAAAAUUAAUCAAUAACCAAAAUUGUAUAUUAAAUAUUAUUAUUUUUUUUUAGAAAAUACAAUAUUUUCAGUUUC